AUGGUGCGUUCAAAAUUUAUACCAUCCCCGCCACUCGCCGUACAUCAUUCCUCUGAUUCUUGCUUCUGCAAGCCUCAUCCUUACACGCCUGAAAACGCCAAUCAACAAAGUAAAGUCCAGCCGAUCAAUCUCUUGAUCAACAAAACAAUUAGCACUAAACUCUUUCCUUUUUCUCUUUUUCAUUCUUUCUUUCUUUCUUUCUUUCUUUCUUUCUUUCUUUCUUUAUCCCAUUCCUAUUUUCUUUCUUUCUUUCUUUCUUUCUUACUUUCUUUCUUUCUUUCUUUCUUUCUUUCUUUAUCCCAUUCCUAUUUUCUUUCUUUCUUUCUUUCUUUCUUUCUUUCUUUCUUUCUUUCUUUCUUUCUUUCUUUCUUCAACAUUACAUUUCUGGCUUUUCUUUUUUCCUUUCUCUUUAUAUUUCUUUCUUUUUUUUUCUUUUUCUAUUUCAUUUUGGACUUUAUCAUUUUCUUUCUUUCUUUCUUUCUUUCUUUCUUUCUUUCUUCUAAUCUUUCUUUCUUCCAAUCUUUCUUUCUUUCUUUCUUUCUAACAAUCUUUCUUUCUUACUUUCUCCUUAUAUUCAUAUAUUUAUCUUUCUUCCUUUUAUUUUUUCUAUGA